GAUUACUGAUCUCGCCGAGGAAUCGGCGUCCCGUCCCAGUAAUUUGUUUUUGUUUAUCUUCAUUUGGUGAUGAUUAAUCAAUUUAUAUAAUUUCAGUUUGCAUAUUCAGUGUAUAAAUUGUCCUCUUCUUCUUUAGCAGAACUGUAGUCACGUAGUUUGAAUGCGAAGCUUCUCUUCGAGGAAUCAGCAGCAGGGCUUACCACCUGCUCCUCAAAACUCAUUAGCUGUGUCCACUUUUUGUUUCCAGCCAUGUCUUUCAUAGGUUUGUCUGCUUGAACUGAAUCUUUAAAUUUUUUGGGAGCAAUAUGUCUCGCUUUCGUGAUACAGGAAAUCCAGACUGUAAAAUCUAUGUCGGAGAUCUCGCCUCCUCAACUUCUAAGCAAGAUCUAGAAGAUGCAUUCGCAUACUACGGGCCGAUCCGGAAUGUGUGGGUUGCAAGAAAUCCCCCUGGUUUUGCUUUUAUCGAAUUCGAUGAUGCUAGAGACGCAGAGGAUGCCGUUCGCGGUGCUGAUGGAAGGCGUUCUGUGAAUGGGAGACGUGUAAGGGUAGAAAUGUGCAAUGCAUCGAGAAAAGGAGGUUUUCGUGGGACUCCAUCUCGGCGAACUGGACGCCCCUUCCAUCCUGAGGAUCGUUGCUACGAAUGUGGAAAGCGCGGACAUUAUGCUCGCGACUGCCGUGGCCGUGGAGGGCGUGCAAGGUCUUAUUCAAGAUCAAGGUCCCGCUCUCGUGACCGUGAUCGCCGGAACAGAUCAAGGAGUGCUUCAAAGAGUCGCUCCAGGUCUCGUGGAAAGCGCUCUACAUCCCGCACUCGUGCUAGAUCUGUCUCCCGCGGGAAGUCGGUCUCAAGAUCCCGAUCUCCUAGCAGGUCCCGCGCUCGUGAUGCCAAAGAUCGCAACGGUGAUCUAUGAAAAAUAUGAAACUUCGCACCAACAGCAUACUUGGUUGUCCCAAUCGCUGAUGCUUUUCACCAGCAACCUAGUUUUUACGUCCAAUUGUAUUUUCUAAUUACUGGAAUUUAUUUAUUUUGAUUUUCUCUUUAACUGCAAUAUUGUAAAAAUUAUUCAGUAAUUCGGUAAGUUCAGAUGAAGGAAGCCAAAUUUUAGAAACUGACCGUGACCUGAAGUUGAUGAAAAACAUUCAGAUCUCCAAUGAUGCAUACCUAUUUUGGUCGGGUUCAACGAUAUGAAAGGAGCAAAAUUACUUUUUGUUAAAGUAUCGUAGCUUUAAUGAUAUCAGCAAGAACAAUUGCAAUUUCCUCUUUAAUGUACUAGUUGAUUAUUUUAAUUUAAUUCAUCUUUGACUUUUAUGUUGCUUUGACGUAUGAAGUAGGUUCUUUGGGUUAAUGUAAUCUCUAAGAAGGCUUGGUAAAAUUUAUGCCAAAGAAUGGGACCAACUUUUGACCCCUCAAAAAAAGAGUGAAAAUUCCAAAAAAUGUAGCAGCUUAAGCACCGCAAGCACAUGCAGAUAACCUGCACCCUGAUUUUUUUUUGCCGUGGCAAAAAAAUCAUGUGUACAACCCAUACUGUGAUUUUCAGCUGCAUAAUGUAAAAAAAUAAGUGCAGGCUGUUUGCGGGUGGACAUGGUACUGUUUUUGAUUUUUGAAAAUAACUUGGGUUUAAAAUCUAACUGAUCCUAAGUGUCAUUUUAGUGAUGACUAUAUGUGCGAAAUGUCUUAUUUUGAAAUAUUAUCAACAAUACCCCCUCUUUGUGUAAAGCAUGAACAGGUAAAGAAAUAACAUCAACUCCUAAGAAUUUGAUUUUUAAUAUUUUAGUUGUAGACAGGCUGUUUUCAUGUAGGCAGUUUAUGUUCGCUGCAAUUGUUUUUUAAAUUCGUACUGACCAUCCCAGAUAAAUCCAUAAGUGUAUUCUCCAAGAUUUGGUUAUCCGGGGAAUUGUGAAACUACAUUGAGAAUCACAGGUUAAUUCAAGUCAUGAUGUUGGUUUGAUGUCUUUUUGAAUAGUAAAAUCGGAGCUUUUGAAGCUCAGAACUGAGUAAUGCGAUUUCUAGUUUCACAGUUGAUAUGUUUCUUCAUCAGAAUUCCAUGUAGAACUUGAUGGACACACUAAAAAUUGCCAAAUAAAAUUUUUGGAGGCGUCGUCAGCUGAGUUGGUAGUUGUUUACUUUUGACGAGUAGUAGACUAAUUUACGUCUCUGCGCACAUUGGCAGGGUUGCUCGCCAUUAUGCCUGGGUUGUUCCUUAUUUGCUAUCGGACAACCGGAAAUUUGUCGCUUGCAAACGGAAAUUAAACAACUUUCCAAAUGACUGACGACACCCAUAAGAGCAAAAGUCAAAAGUAGCAUUUUAUGAUCUCAGUGAUGCAAAUAACCAGUCUUAUCAAAAAAUCUAGGUCUACUUUAGCCAAAUCGUUCAUCACCAGCUACAUAAUUUUUGCUUACUUUACGGAGAAAUAAUUCGAUCCGAGUUCUGAAGUUCAUUCUUAAAUUGAGAAGUAUUAAUCAUCAAAAAAGAGAAAAUGUAUGUGCAAUCAAUUCUUAGUUAUUUUUCAAAUGUUCUUAAAUUUUCAACGGCCGAUGUGACCUAUUUUACACUGUUUUUUCAAGUAGAGUAUUCAAAUUUUCUAAUCUUAAUGUGCACUAUGAACUCCUGUCAUUCACUAACAAGCUGAUUUUGCACCUUUUCUCCUACAUGUUCAGUGUCAAAUUUUCAUGAGGGCAUAUGUUUCGUGGUGUAUUAAUUCUUAACUGGUCUAGUUGUCCAUCGGAAAAACCACAAAUUAUCAAAUAAUUUCUUUCACAUCAGGAAAAUGCAUCAAGAAUCUUGCCAAAUCAAAGAACACUAAGCUGCAAGGGAUUUUUCAGCUGCAUAUUGUCGAGAAUUUGAUGAUUUUUUACUGUUCAUCUGGAAUAAAUUUAUGGAUGUAUCCGGGAAUUUUUUUCUACACAAAACUAAACACUGUGAAAUCUACUUUCAAUGUUGAGAGCCGAUUCUUUUGUCCACCCCAUAAAGUUCCUAAAUCUUACCGCAGCUUUAAUUACUUUUCUGUUAAAACUCUUUUUUUAUUUUUUGAUGAAAGAAUCAAAAGAAACUCCACCCAAGAGAUCUAAUAGGUUUUUCUGGAUCACAUAUUUAUUCAUCUAUCUAGAUACGUAGGCCUUUUCCUUUAAUUUGUUGUAUUUUGUGAAUUUUAAUUUCAUAAGUAGGGUUUCGUGCUUUACUUAUGAUUGCUCGUUUUUUUGAAAAAAAGUAUUUCCUUUCCUGUGUUCAAUGUUGAAAUUCUUGGUAUGAUUGGUUUAAAGCUUUAAUUGGUAAAAAUAAAUGUAAAAUGUAAAAUUUC